GCCUCGGCCUUUUACCCUCUUCGGGAUUCUUCGGCUGUGUUCGGCUGGUAACGGUCGGUGUGUUCAAAUGUUCGGCUGCAGCUCGGGACUGAAGUAAAGAAAGAACGAGAGAAAACAGGGGGACAGGCGACAGGAAUAGAUAGACGGAGUUUCGAGGCGGAAUGACGGUGCUGCAGGAACCUGUCCAGGCUGCAGUGUGGCAGGCUCUCAACCACUACGCCUACCUGGACGCUGUUUUCCUUGCUGAGAGACUCUACGCUGAAGUGAGGUCGGAGGAGGCCCUCUACCUGUUGGCUACAUGUUAUUACCGCUCGGGGAAGCCAUAUAAAGCGUACCGGCUGCUGAAGGCUCACAGCUGCUCUACGCCACAGGUCCGAUUCCUGCUGGCGAAGUGCUGCGUCGAACUCAGCAAGUUGGCUGAAGGAGAACAGGUUCUGAUUGGUGGAGUGCUGAACAAACAGAAGAGUCAGGAUGACAUCAUCACAGAGUUCGGAGACUCCGCCUCUUUCACGCUGUCGUUACUGGGACACAUCUACUGUAAGACAGAUCGUGUCGCCAAAGGCUCAGAGUGUUUCCAGAAAAGUUUAACUCUCAACCCGUUCCUCUGGUCACCUUUCCAGAACCUCUGUCACCUAGGAGAGAAACCAGAUCCAGAUCAGGUCUUCAGGUUGUCUUCUCUACAGAACUCCUCGAUAGCCCCACCCCCUCCAUCCGUAAGCCCCGCCCAGAACCCCUCCCAUCGCCUCGACACUGCCCUAAUGGAGACGCCGCAGGACACGUUGGAGUUGAAUCGCUUGAAUCUAGAAUCGUCUAAUGGAAAGCUGACAUCUGAUUUGUCAGUCUCCUACAUCGACUCCUCCCUCAUCUCCCCAGAGACCGGGUCCUUAUUGGGCAACACGGUUUCCAUGGCGUCAGCCGGUUCUCUAUUGGCAAAACAGAACAAACCCAAAAGUGGGCGGAGUUUACUGGGAGGGCCUGCCGCCCUGAGCCCUCUCACACCAAGUUUUGGCAUCCUGCCGUUGGAGCCCAGCCCUGGAGACCCUACAUAUCUUCAGAACUAUUCAGCUUCUAUGGAAACACAAAGUACAGCUCCAAGCAAGAAGUCUGUUUCCAGAAUCAGUCAGUCGAAGUCUGUCUUCAGUCAGAGUGGCAAUAGUAGAGAUGUUCUCCCCAUCCCCUUCAACCAAUCACAGACCUCUGCACCACAUACCAGUGGCUCCCCUCAGGUCCUCAGCCCCAGUAUGUCAGGUCCUCCAAAUGUUCAGCCCAGAAGAAGCUCUAGACUGUUUACGAGUGCCAGCUCUACUGCCAAGGAGAACAGUAAAAAGUUAAAGAUGAAGUUUCCAACGAAGAUCCCGAAUAGGAAAACUAAAUGUAAAUCAGCAAAGACGACAAACAGCAGCAACCUCAACGAGAGUCUAGACAUCCUGAGACUGGAUUCCAGUCUUAGUUUACCGGACACUAAGAUCCCCCAGUACCAAAGGGCUGCAGCAGACAGUGUGAUGGCGUUGCUACGGGAACUGGGCCGUGGUUACCAGGCGCUGUGCACGUACAACUGCAGAGAAGCCAUCAGCAUCCUGACCUCCCUCCCUCCUCAGCAUUACAACACCGGCUGGGUCCUCACUCACAUCGGCAGGGCCUACUUCGAGCUGGCCGAGUACACGCAGGCGGAGCGGCUCUUCAGUGAGGUUCGUAGGAUCGAGUCGUAUAGAGUUGAAGGCAUGGAGAUUUAUUCGACCACACUGUGGCACCUGCAGAAAGAUGUCGCACUGUCUGCUCUGUCCAAAGACUUGACGGACAUGGACAAGAACUGUCCCGAGGCCUGGUGUGUUGCAGGAAACUGUUUCAGUCUGCAGAGGGAGCACGACAUUGCCAUCAAGUUCUUCCAGAGAGCUAUCCAAGUGGACCCAGGUUUUGCGUACGCUUACACUCUGCUGGGACACGAGUUUGUCCUGACUGAAGAGUUGGACCGGGCCCUCGCCUGCUUCCGAAAUGCCAUCAGAGUCAACAACAGACACUACAACGCAUGGUAUGGUCUGGGGAUGAUUUACUACAAACAAGAGAAGUUCAACUUGGCAGAAAUCCACUUCAAGAAAGCGCUGAGCAUCAACCCUCAGAGCUCCGUGCUGCUCUGUCACAUCGGAGUGGUGCAGCAUGCGUUGAAGAAGUCGGAUGCAGCUUUAGAGACUCUGAACAGAGCGAUUGGGAUUGACCCAAAAAAUCCGCUCUGCAAGUUCCACCGAGCAUCGAUAUUGUUCGCCAAUGACAAGUACAAGGCGGCUCUUCAGGAGUUGGAGGAGUUGAAGCAGAUUGUUCCCAAAGAGUCUCUGGUUUACUUCCUCAUCGGGAAGGUGUACAAGAAGCUUGGUCAGACUCACUUGGCUCUGAUGAACUUCAGCUGGGCGAUGGAUCUGGAUCCAAAAGGAGCAAACAAUCAGAUCAAGGAAGCCAUUGAUAAGAGAUAUCUGCCUGAGGACGAAGCGGCAGAGGUGGACGACAGCCAGGACAGCAGCAUCAUGACGGACGCUGACGACACGCAGCUCCACACGGCCGAGAGCGACGACGUUCUCUAACCCCGCCCCCCUCCCUCUAACCCCGCCCCCCCGUUCAGAUCCACCAGAGGAGUACUGUUGCUAGGCAACACCCUGACAGACAGAUCUUGAGUUUAGCUCCACCCCUGCCCUCCUCCCUGUUCUUUGCUUGGCUGAAACAGACUGCUGCUGCCCUGAGGCCCCGCCCCCCGUCCCCUUUCUCUUCCUGUAUGUCAUCGAGCUCAUCCUCUGACAUCAGCUGUUUUUUAUGUUCUUUUUAUCAUCCUUAUGGAAAUAAAUAAAAACAUGUAAACCCUGCA